AUGUCCGCGGAGCUCCGUCGGAAAAGCUUAUUAAAGCCUGAAAAAAGGUACCUUUCUGGAACCCAAAUUGCCCUGGACGUAGCUAACUGUGUCGGUAAGCAGAUGGGGCGGAAGAAUAAAAAACCGAGGCCGGACCGGCCCGGGAACAUGGCCGAUAUCAGUGAACUCUUUAGAAGGCCGCACGGUGCAAGCGAGCUGGAAAUGGCGGAUGUACUGGACGACUUCUCCGACGUCUCAGAAGAAUACACCCCGCACAACCCAGCAGCCCUUGGCUUCCAAGGACCCCCCAGGCCAUCUCCGGAGGUGGACAGCAGCUCAAUCCCACUAACCACAGCCAUCCUUACUAAACUCCUGGCUGACCUCAGACAAAGUCUCUCUGCAGAUAUCUCCCAAGUACGGGAAGAUGUCAGGGGAUUCACAGCCCGUUUAAUCACAGUGGAAAAAGCAGUGGAGGAGCACACCCCUCAAAUAGCAGACCUGCAGAAGCAGGUGAGGGACCUCACCAAGGCGCAGACUAACUUUGACAGCCAGCUAGCAAUUCUGGAAGAUAAGAGGAGGUGGAAACACCUAAAAAUUAGAGGCCUAUCGGACUCCAUCACUAUGGCAGAGAUGCCACACUUCCUACGUAGGCUGUUCAUGGCAUUACUACCCCCUAAAACAGCAAAGAACAUUCAACUGGAUGGAAUGUUUCGUCUACCCAAGCCUCAGUCCAACACAGCCCCAACCACCGGCGACCUCCUGGUUAAGUUUCAAAACGGGCAAGACAAAGCAGCCAUCUUACAAGCUACCAGAGGGAAGACCCCAUAUCACUUUGAAGAAAUGGACCUCACGUUCUUUGCUGACCUCUCCCGCUCGACGUUGCAGUGGAGGAGGUCGCUGAGACCACUGGCAUCCACGCUUACAUCCCAAGGCAUAAAGUAUCACUGGGGCACACCUCGUGCGCUGACUUUCCAACAUAAUGGUGCGGAACACAGAGUCACGGAGGCAUCUGAAAUGGACGCUAUCCUGUCCUCCCUGAAACCGAGCCCUGACCCUCGACCCACGAACCCCACCUGGAACCCCGCUACCGUGGUUCCGUUCACUCCAGCAUCUCGAGGACCAAAGGGCGCACCUGUCACCUGAACACGGAACCAUCUGUGUUGGGACCUGUACCCUCUCUUUUUCUAAUAAGUUACCGGCAUUUUAUUUUUAUGUCUUAGUUAAGGUUAAAACGUUGUGCUUUACUUAGGAACCACUCCCCUCCCCAUACCGCAUACGGCGGAACGACCGUACGGGUCGACAAUGGGCGAAAGGAGACCCACCUAUCCACCCUAAUUACGUCCAUCCUACCCUCCCCCCCCCCAGCUCCAGCUCUUCUUGACCCACACAUAAACAGUUGGCGGAGCUGCCUCACUAAAAAGCUUGAGACACCAUACCAAGUUACUUGAUCCUUAAGGAUCCGCUAUUUUAAGCUACCCUACACCACAGUGGUCCUACUUACGUGCCCUCACCCUGUACUAUUUCUCGGGCCUACUACUUAGUCCAAACAGGGCUCCACAUCCCGGUAGGAAGCGGGAUCACUAAAAAUUAAAAUGAUCUCUCACUUGUUUGCCCAACGUGUACCUCCCAAUAUAUCACUGCCAUUGAUCGAUCCGCUUCUUGCAUAACAUGUAACUUGACCUCUAUUGUAUAUUUUUUAUUUUUCAUUUCUACAAUUGAAAUUGCGUAGUUUAACUACCAAACCAUUAUUAUAAAUACCGUGCUGUUUACUCAAGUAGAAACGUAAUGCUAUUGCUCACUACGACUGUUGUCAUGUUUCACUAUUUCAUUGUGUUUUUGACGUAUGCCGGCAAUUGCUGUUGUGGCAUUGCAGGCUACCUUGUAUUCUUUUGCACGACCAAAAAUAAAGAAUAAAAAAAAAAAAAAAAAAGAAGUGAUGGAGUAGUUCAGUUUUAUCACUGUGAUGUUUUUGCCCCCCCAAAACAACUCCUCUUGUCCAGCCCAUUGGCCAGUAAGCAAUUUCAAACUUCAAGAAGCUUUACACCAAAGCACUGUUCCAAAUGUGCUUUGAAGUGAUCUCAGAAACAGAGCUAACCCUUAUAAUUAUGGAAAAAACAUUUUAAUAUCCUUCAUUGCUUACACCUCAUAGAUAAAGCAUGGGGGGUGGUGUGACUUACAGGACCAUGGACUUGUGGCCAGAGGCUGUUCCUGAAAGAGUCUUUUGAACAGGAUGCUUCUGUUGUUGAGUAUAUUGUGUCUCUGGGAAAGUCAAUGGGCUUGGAGGAGAAUGAUGAAGAUAUGGAGAAGUUAGUGAAGAAUCACCAGACAGAACUCACCAUAGAAAAACACCAAAACCUUCAGAGGGAGCAGCAACAGAUGGCAUUUGAGGAAUUGUCUUCAGAGGAGGAGGCAGAGGAGGAAAGGGAAAAUGUUCCUAAUGCACUGAUCAAAGAAAUGGGUUGA